AUGGGACGCGUCCUCACUUACUCGCAGGAAGAAGAGCUCAGUAGAAUAGCAGGUACACCUGGACGACCGUUAGCUUCUGGCUUCCCCACACCGAACGGCGCUGUCGUCGUUGCAUCGACAAUGGAAUGGCCCGCCUGGCUAGCAAGAUGGCAGCCCCGUAAUGGAGGCGAAUCGGAUUCUGCCGCGGGGGGAGCCGGCGAGAUGGAUCUUCCCCAGUGGCCCCUGGUGCAAAUCGUCUCGGGUCCGCUCGCUACCCACGACUCGCCAGGGAAUGGCCCUCCCCGCGAAGGGAGCUCAACGCCAGUUAUGAGAGAUGGAGAUGUUGGCGUGGCUUACUCUGUUUUUGUUUGUUUGUUUUUGAAAUUCCUUCUCUUGCCGGUCAACCUUCUCGAGUUGUUCAAAUAUCGGGCUUGA